CUCUUCACUCGCCGGCCCUUCCUGGUGGCCUGGAACGUGCCCACCCAGGACUGCAAGCCCCGCUUCCAGGUGUCCUUUGACUUCAGCAUCUUCGACCUGCACGCUUCCCCCAACGAGGGCUUUGUAGGGCAGAACCUCACCAUCUUCUACAAGGAGCGUCUGGCCUACUACACUAGCCAGGGUGAGGCCAUCAACGGCGGCGUCCCCCAGAGGAGCAGCCUGUCCGAGCACCUCGCCCACCUCGAGGCGGGCAUCAGCAAGUACAUCCGCUCGCCCGCCAAGGAGGGGCUGGCCGUCAUUGACUGGGAGGAGUGCUGGUCCCGCGAGGAGGUGAACAAGCAGGCGGUGUUCGAGUUCGAGUCUGCCGCCCAGCAGUUCAUGGUGAGCACCCUGCGCAAGGCCAAGAGGUUUCGCCCCAAGCAGCUCUGGGGCUUCUACCUCUUCCCCGACUGCUACAACCACGACUACAGCAAGAACAAGGAGAGCUACACUGGGCAGUGCCCGGACGUGGAGAAGACACGCAAUGACCAGCUGGCGUGGCUCUGGAGGGAGAGCAUGGCCCUCUACCCGUCCAUCUACCUCGACCUGCUCCUGGCCUCCACUCCGAACAGCCGCAAGUUUGUGCGAGCACGGGUGAUGGAGGCCAUGCGCAUCUCGCAGCAGCAUCACGAUGGCUACUCCCUGCCUGUCUUUGUCUACACCCGGCCCACCUAUGUCCGCAAGCUGGAUAUGCUCAGCCAGCCAGACCUGAUCUCCACCAUCGGAGAGAGUGCGGCGCUGGGUGCAGCUGGGGCCAUCUUGUGGGGUGACACGGACACCAUCAAAAACCGG